AUGUCGAACCCGAGAAACGGUGACACCAAGCCCCCAUGUUUGCCCCGCAAUGGACUGGUGAAGAUCCCCACACAACCCAACGGCCUCGGCUCUGCCAGCAUCACCAAAGGCACCCCUGCCGUGAAAAACCGCCUGUGCCAGCCUUCCUCCGUGCCUGCCAUCCUCAGCCCAGCCUUAGCACACCGCAGCGACCUGCCCAUCCCCAGCCUGGCAUCCCCGCUCUCCUUGGCCACUCUGGCCGGCGUCUCCUCCCCUCCUGGUGCUUCCUUGGUGGGACUGAACACGAGCGAAGGCUCAGAGCAGCCCUCACCAGAGCGGCUGCCAGGCUCGCCCUCGGAAAGGCAGCUGGCAGUGGACGAGAAGAUCCUCAACCGCUUGUUCUGGUACUUUUCAGCAUGCGAGAAGUGCGUGCUGGCACAGGUGUGCAAGGCAUGGAGGCGGGUGCUCUACCAACCCAAGUUCUGGGUGGGCUUGACACCCGUCCUGCACACCAAAGAGCUCUACAACAUCCUGCCCGGUGGUGAGAAGGAGUUUGUCAGCCUGCAGGGCUUCGCCGUCCGUGGCUUUGAUGGCUUCUGCCUCGUGGGUGUCUCUGACCUGGACAUUUGUGAGUUCAUUGACAACUACCCCCUCUCCAAGAAGGGGGUCAAGUCCAUGAGCCUUAAGAGGUCGACCAUCACGGACGCGGGGUUGGAGGUAGGUGACUCCAGCAAGGUGGCCGGGGUGGAGGAGAUGUGGCAAUGGUGGGUCCUUCCUGGUGGCCCUGGGGACACACGUGUGGGCAGAGCUUUCACCGGCCGCAGCAAGGAGCAGGCCUUCACAGAGGCCGGGCUGUGGUCCAGCCUCAACGCCCGCAUCACGGCGCUGAGCGUCAGCGACUGCAUCAACGUGGCCGACGACGCCAUUGCCGCCAUCUCGCAGCUCCUGCCCAACCUCACCGAGCUCAACCUGCAAGCCUACCACGUGACGGACACAGCACUCGCCUACUUCACCGCUAAGCAAGGCUACACCACCCACACCCUCCGCCUCAACUCCUGCUGGGAGAUCACCAACCAUGGCGUGGUCAACAUGGUCCACAGCCUGCCCAACCUAAGCAUCCUCAGCCUCUCGGGCUGCUCCAAGGUGACGGAUGACGGUGUGGAGCUGGUGGCUGAGAACCUACGGAAGCUGCGGAGCCUUGACCUCUCCUGGUGCCCUCGCAUCACUGACAUGGCCCUGGAGUACAUCGCCCGGCCUGCGUGCCUGCACAGCGUGGAGGAGCUGGUGCUCGACAGGUAUGGGGCUGGGUUGAGCUGUGCUGUGCCAUGACAAGCCAUGCCAAGGCUCCCACUCCGUUUUCUUUUCCAGGUGCAGGAUUUUGGCCUGAAGCAUCUCCUGAGCAUGGGUAGCCUGCGCCUCCUCUCGCUGGCAGGCUGCCCCUUGCUGACCACCACGGGGCUGUCGGGGCUGGUGCAGCUGCAGGAG